AAACGCAAGCCCUAGCGGCAUAAUAAUGUCUUCCCACAGAACAUAUGAAUUUUGAUGGCAGUGGUUUCGCAGUCAUUUUUCGCAUGAAACAGUAAUCGAGUUGAGCCGAAAGCCAUCAGCUGUGCCGGAGUGACGCAUGCGCAUUGCAGGCGGCUGAGUCUGAAUGGCCGAAAAUGCAUAAAUUGAAAUCAUCACAAAAGGAGAAAGUUAAACAGUUCAUCGCCUUCACACAGACCGGAGAGAAGACGGCCAUCUACUGCCUCACACAGCACGAUUGGAAACUCGAUGUGGCGUCGGACAAUUUUUUUCAAAAUCCAGACAUGUACUACAGGGAGCCCAAAGGAUCAGUUGACAGGAAGAAGCUGGAGCACUUGUUCAACAGAUACAAAGAUCCUCACGAACCAGACAAGAUGACGGUCGACGGUAUCGUUCGCUUCCUCGACGACCUCGGCUUGAGUCCCGAGAGCAAACUGGUGCUCAUAAUCGCGUGGAAGUUCAAGGCCGUCGCCCAGUGCGAAUUUACACGGGACGAAUUCAUGAACGGCAUGUCAGAGUUAGGCUGUGACAGCAUCGAGAAGUUAAAAGCAAAACUAUCAACUCUUGAGCCUGAGCUCAAGGAACCACUCAAGUUCAAGGACUUUUACAACUUCACCUUCAAUUAUGCGAAAAACCCAGGACAAAAGGGCCUUGAUCUGGACAUGGCAAUAACCUACUGGAACAUUGUGUUUCCUGGGAGGUUCAAGUUUCUAAAUCUUUGGUGCCAGUUCUUGCAAGAACACCACAAGAGGUCUAUACCCAAAGACACGUGGAAUUUGCUGUUGGACUUCAGUGGUAUGAUUGCUGAUGACAUGAGCAACUAUGAUGAGGAAGGUGCCUGGCCAGUGCUUAUUGAUGACUUUGUAGAGUGGGCAAGGCCCAUCGUCCAAGGCUCAAACAACAACAACAACAACAAGCUGCUCCAGUGAAAGUGUUCCGCCUGUUUCGUUCAAUCGUGUACACACUUGUAAAUAGACCAUUGAACAUCUGUCAGGUGCGUGCAUUCUCAGCCGUCGUAGCAAGGAAUGCAGACACCCCUUCUGAUAACUCCAGGUUGUACAAAGACUAAUUUAAUGGAGUGUGCAUGAGAUGCCCUUGCCUAGGUGAUCACUGUUUGAAUUUCUUCAGCUUCCGCGCACACUCUCAUCUCUGCGCGGAGUUGCACAUUGUGGCGUCACAGGUGGAACAGCCUAUCUUCUCUUCGCAAGAAAUGCAACUAGGUUUUGUUCUAAGUGGUCUUGCACACAGAAAACAGAUUUUGUGGUGAACAUUUUCUUUUUUCUGUCUGCCAGUCAAAAGUGAUAGACAUUGUUGCAGUUUUGUUUCCUCUUUAUGUAGGACUUGAAUUUUACAAAUGGUUUUAGUGAAAAUAAAUCAGUCAAACACAUCCU